CACACACCAGCACCACCGCCGCGUCAGCUAUCGAUUAAUGCAUCGUCAGCAGCGCCGAGCCUCGCAUUAAAUUUGCAGACUCGAGCUUGAGACCCACCGUACGACCGUCGCGUAUCCGUUCACCACAGCUCACGUGCCUCUUUCACCCAUCCAUUCACGUGCCUCCUUCACCACCCAUUCACGUGCCAUCCUAUUUACUCACCAUGUCCGCCGAUCCACGCCUACGGGCUCGUCAACAGCAGCAGCAGGCCGCACCGCAGGCUGCACCCGUGCCUCCACCACCCCCACCGCCGCCAAUGGAGCCUCAACCCAUGAGCAUGGACGGCGCAAGCGACGCGCCUGCGCCUGCGCCCGCGCCCGCGCCCGCAAACCCAGCUUCAGUCCCCGACGACAAAUUCAAGCUGAAGUUCUGCACCGUAUGCGCCAGCAACCAGAACCGCUCAAUGGAAGCGCACCUCCAACUCGCCUCCGCCAACCUCCCCACGAUAUCCUUUGGUACCGGCUCACUCGUGCGCCUCCCCGGGCCCACAAUAACGCAACCCAACGUCUACCACUUCAACAGCACAACCUACCGGUCGAUCCACGACGAGCUGGCCGCGCAAAACACCGCCCUAUACACGCACAACGGCCUGCUCAACAUGCUCGGGCGCAAUCUCAACAUAAAGGGGUUCCCGGAGCGCUUCCAGGACUGGGUGCCCGGCAAACCGCGGCUGGAGCAUGAGGGCGAUAAGGGGUAUGCGGGGACGGAGAGCGGGGUUGCGGAUGUGGUCAUCACAUGCGAAGAACGAUGCUUCGACGCGGUAUUGGAAGAUCUACACAAUAAGGGCGGGAAGCUGAAUCGCCCGGUUCACGUCUUUAACGUCGACAUACGCGAUAACCACGAAGAAGCGCUGGUGGGUGGAAAAGCGAUUCUCGACCUCGCACUGUCACUGAACGAAGCCGCGGGGAAAGAGCGCGAGGUGCACGGCGAGAGCGGGUGGGCUGCUGGAGGCGGGGCGGCGAGAGACGGGUUCGAUGAGAAGGUUCCGGAGAUACUAGCGAGUUGGCAGGAGAGGUGGCCGCAAAUGCCUGCGCUGUGGAGUUUGGCGUGGUUUUGAGCUUGCUUGCUUUCUCUUAUGAUAUGUAUUUUACGAUACCCACGAGGCAUAGCGAGGCGUUUUGGUCCAAUAGCACAUUUAAAUAUACACUAUUUUCGAUUCCAU